AUGAAGUACAUCGCCUCUGCCCUCGCUUUCGCCUCAGCUGUUGCUGCUCAUGGUUAUGUCACCAACGCUACCAUAGGUGGUAAAGACUAUGUCUUCUACCAACCUUACCAGGACCCAUACAUGAACCCGAAGGUCGAUCGCGUCUCGCGCCCUGUCCAGGGUAACGGCCCAAUUGAGAACCUCGACCUCAUUGAUGUCCAAUGCGGUGGCUACACUGCUGGUGGCAUCAAAGGCUCCACGCCUGCUGCUCUUCAUGCUGAUGCCACUGCCGGCUCCAAUGUUCAGCUCUUCUGGACUUUGUGGCCUGAUAGCCAUGUGGGCCCCUCGAUUACCUACAUGGCCAAGUGUCCCGACUCUGGCUGCAACAACUGGCAGCCCGAAUCUUCGGCUGUCUGGUUCAAGGUUCAAGAGCAAGGCCGUGACGGCACGUCUAACAACUGGGGUACCACUCCUCUCAUGAAAGCCGGCGCCUCCGUCACAUACACGAUUCCCAAAUGCAUCGCCAACGGUUACUAUCUCGUCCGCCACGAGCUCAUUGCGCUACACGCCGCAUACAAAUAUCCUGGUGCUCAGUCCUAUCCGGGUUGCCAUCAGCUUAAGGUCACUGGCGGAGGAAGCACUAACCCGUCUGGUCUCGUCAGUUUCCCUGGUGCUUAUAAGGGUAGUGACCCUGGUAUCACCUUCGAUUCUUACAAACCUCUACCUUAUACAGUCCCGGGCCCCAAGAAGUUCACGUGCUAA